ACUUGUUCAGAAUCUGCCUCUAUCUCCCCUAUCUUCUUUCAUUUUUCUGGACUCUUUCCCGCAAAGAAGAACGCUUACAGCAACGUAUAAACUCACCACCCUAUCAGCUCCGCAUCCCACGACCGGGCCGUGUCUUCUCCGUCGCGUCCGACAACAGCGCCGUGUCUGGCCCAAAGAAGGGUGUCCGACACCGUGUCUUGGACGCUCCCGUUGAGUGUCUGUGUCCGCACCUCGUCGGAAGCGGGGAAGCGCAGCCUCCGAGCCGUGUUGGAGCUUCAUUACCAAAAAGGUUCUAUCUUUUCACCACGCUUGUCUCGAAGUUUGGAUUGAUUUUUUUUUGGGGUUUUCUCGUUCUUAUCAGUAGCAGAUUUUAAGGUUAGUUCGAAAGGGUUUUAGCAGUCCCAUUUGGAGGACGAACAGGACAUAUACGAGGUUGUUCUUUUUUAUUGUUUAAAAGAUGCCAGCUUUGAUUUCAUCUAGGUUUCUUCUGCUUGUUGGGGAGUCACUCCACUUGAGAAGGGCUCUGGCCACUUCUAGGUCUGUUUUAUUGCACACUAGUGUGACGUGUAUGAGCCAGGUGGAACCUAAUCAUGGUUCCCUCACCCUCUCUAGCAUAGGUUUCCAAACUGAAACGAAAGCUGAGAACAGAAGCAAGUCUAAUAAGGUUAAGCCAUUUGGUUCACCCUCUGAGAAUCUCAAGAGCAAAGGAAAGCCCUUUGACAUUAAUGAGAAGAAGAAGAAAGCCAUUAGGGUUGUAGAAAAACAGCAAAUAGAGUUUGCCCCUUUUGCUGCAAAGUCAUUUUCAGAACUUGGGCUCCCACAUGUGUUGAUUGAGAGGUUAGAGAAGGAGGGUUUUACUGUUCCGACCGAAGUUCAGUCUGCUGCAGUUCCCACCAUUCUGAACAACCAUGAUGUCAUAAUUCAGUCUUACACUGGUUCAGGGAAGACACUAGCUUACCUGCUUCCUCUUCUCUCGGUUGUUGGACCGCUGAGGGGGAAAGGUGAUGAUGGUGGUGAUGAGAAUGGGAAGAAGUUGGGAAUUGAAGCAGUGAUUGUUGCUCCUUCUAGAGAGCUUGGAAUGCAGAUAGUGAGGGAGUUUGAGAAGGUGCUAGGAAUGGAUAACAAGAGAGUGGUUCAGCAGCUUGUGGGGGGUGCCAACCGAACCAGGCAGGAAGAUGCUCUCAAGAAAAACAAACCUGCAAUUGUUGUCGGCACACCUGGUAGGAUAGCAGAGCUAAGUGCAUCUGGGAAACUUCGCACUCAUGGAUGUCGAUAUUUGGUGUUGGAUGAAGUUGAUGAACUCUUGUCCUUCAAUUUCCGGGAAGAUAUGCACCGGAUAUUGGAGCAUGUAGGGAGGAGAUCAAGUGCAGACCCAAGCUCAAAUUCUGCAAAGAAUGAGCGUCAGUUGAUCAUGGUUUCUGCAACUGUGCCCUUUUCUGUUGUGAGGGCUGCUAGAAGCUGGGGUUGUGACCCUCUUCUAGUCCAAGCUAAGAAAAUUGUCCCACUUGAAACUUUCUCUCCCUCUGAGCCUGUCAGUUUAUCCCGGUCUUCUUUGCCGAGCUCAGCUAUGCCGUCUCAAGCAGCAGUAGAGAGUCUGCCACCUGCGCUGAAACACUAUUACUGUGUGACAAGGUUGCAGCACAAAGUUGAUGUGUUGAGAAGGUGUAUUCAUGCACUGGAUGCCAAAUUUGUGAUAGCUUUCAUGAACCACACUAAACAGCUAAAGGAUGUUGUCUUCAAGCUGGAGGCCCGUGGGAUGACAGCUGUGGAGUUACAUGGGGAUCUAGGGAAGCUUGCAAGGUCAACAACCCUGAAGAAAUUCAAGAACGGUGAGGUGAGAGUUCUGGUAACGAAUGAAUUGUCUGCAAGGGGGUUGGAUGUGGCAGAAUGUGAUCUUGUGGUUAAUCUUGACUUGCCAACAGAUUCAAUUCAUUAUGCACAUCGGGCUGGCCGAACUGGUCGGCUUGGUAGGAAUGGUACAGUGCUAACCAUAUGUGAAGAACCAGAAGUGUUUGUUGUGAGGAAAUUGCAGAAGCAGCUGGGAAUUCCAAUUGCGUCCUGUGAUUUUUCAGAGGGGAAACUACUUGUCACUGAAGAAGAGAAAACAGUAAGCACUUCUACAAGUUGAUGUGUUAUAUUUUACAACUUAUUUAGUCAGUGAUGCAGUUUCCAUGUUCCAUGUUUAAUUCUUCAUAUUGCUUCUUACCUAUUGUACUUAUUGACAACUUAUACAUGAGUACACGUCAAAAGCUUCCUGGUAUUUUGCAUU